AUGUUGACAUGUCACCAGCACAACGAAAAGGGCAAUUUAUACCCCUAUCAUGGACAGCUUCGACCAAUGACCUUCGUCGACACUCAUGAAUUGAGCGAACGCAGUCCGUUUUCAGCGUCUCAUCUCGUGUCCGAGCGCUCGGCUAGGGAGACUGCCGAACAAAGGACAGCGGCCAUCACUGGCAUCAGACCAGAGAUCACAGAGAUCGCAGCGAUAGGGGUGUUCGAGCUGGCUCAGGCUUAG